GCCUGGCGGCAACGCUCGCCGCGGUUAGGACGGCGUAGCCCGCGAUAAAUCAACUUAAAACUUUACUAAAGCGACGCAACAAAAGCAAUCACAAUAAUAAUAAGUGUCGUUAUACGCGUCGUCUGUUAGGGCAGAGCUACGCGGUCGUGAGGAGCCGUCGGCGUUGCGCGUUGCGUUGAAGCCGUCUUGCGCGGAGCCUGCCGAGUGUAUGAGGCCUCGUGGUGUAGGCCCCAGCCGACCACUCGUUAAAGAUCUCCCACAGGCGGAUGUGCAAACACGUACAAGAUAAUCAGUUAAGCCUCUCGCGGAACGGACUCUAUGAAUUAUGGCAGCGCAUUUGGACAUCACAGCCAGCGAAGGCCGGGUGGUCGACCUGUCGGAUCGUGGCCUGGUCCGGUUGUCUGCGGUGUCGCUGCCCACGGACGCUUGCACGCUGGUGCUUGACAGUAAUAACUUGCCCAAGCUGGACGGUGUGGAGAGCUGCAGGCAUCUCAUGCAGCUGUCAGCUGCUGAGAACAGCCUGGUGCGCAUGGGAGGUGUGGCCAGGCUCAGCAGCCUCAAGCAGCUCAACCUUCCUCGCAACAGCAUCGCAGCCAUUGAGGGCCUCAAGGAUCUCUGCCAUCUGCAGUGGCUGAACCUUGCCGGCAACAGCAUCAAGACGAUAGAACACCUGAAUGGCUGCACCUCCCUUACAUACGUGGACCUAUCUGACAACAACAUCUCCCACCUGGGCGACAUGUCAAAGCUGUCCAACCUACGGACCCUUCUGCUGCACGGCAACAUGGUGACAAGCUUGCGCGCUGCCCCCACGCAUCUGCCUCCACAGCUGGGCAUCCUUUCUUUGGCUGAGAAUGAAAUCACCGACCUCACCGAGAUGUCACACCUGUCAUGCCUGCGCAGCCUUGAGCAGCUGUCGGUGAUGAAAAACCCGUGCAUGCUAAGUGCACCCUCAGCGCCAGUCUGCGAUUACAGGCCCUACGUGCUCAGCUGGUGUCUGACACUGCGCGUGCUGGAUGGGCAUGUCGUCACGCAGAAGGAGAGCUUGAAGGCGGAGUGGCUGUACAGCCAGGGUCGGGGCCGUUCGUUCCGGCCGGGCCAGCACACCCAGCUGAUUGGCUAUCUGGCACAGGUGUGCCCGCAGUCCACCUCGCCGCAGCUCAUCACCGCUGAGGAUGCCAAGCUCCAGAAGAUACUCAAACAGCAACAGCGCCACCAGAAGGAGCUGAUGGAGGAGCUAAAGGAAGAGCGGCAUCGGAGCCUCUCUUUGGGAGCUUCCCAAACACCGUCAUCCCUCAACCCUGGAGACAGCAGCAGCCUCACGUACAGCGAGCUUGCCUCCGAGACGCCAGACAGGCCCAUUAAGGUGAAUUUGUGGACGGGCGGAGGGGGUCUGCACGAGAUGGCGUCCCCAGCCCUUGCACAGCGGACGGCGGCGUCCAAGCUCGGCGUGCGCCCGGUCAACUCCGACCUCCACCUCGAGGACGUACACUCGGAGGACGACCGGCUGGGCUCCAGCAUGCUGUUGUCGGAGUCCACCUUUAUGAUGUGCCCCAGCUUAUUACCAUCGCCCAAGUCCGGCGAACCAAUGGGCGUCUCGGCAAACGGUGCCCGGACUCCGUUUCAACAAGCCCUGAAGCACGAAGACAAACCCCUGCGUCCUCGGCAGUCUCCGCAAACGGAGGCGGUCGGUCAGAAGAAGUUGCCGCAUAAACGGAGGCAGUUGCCUUCGGUGCAGGGGUUGAGCGGGAAAGUAUCGGCGCCUGCGCAGGCGGGUGAGGUUUCGAGGCCCAGUAGCGAUGCAUACGGUCGUCCGUUAUUAAAAGGAGCUCCGACAUUCAAGUCGUCGCUACACGACGGCAAGAAAAUUGUGUCGACCCAGAGAGAUGUCGGCACGCCUUCUCCGUGCUUGCAAGAAGUUCACGAAGAGCACGAUGAUAGUAAAUGGACACUCAAUGCUCAGGCGGAGAGUGUGCCAAGUCUCAGAUUAGCUUCGUCUGCCGCUGUUCAUCUAAUGCAGCACAGAGAGACGCACGAGUUGAAAGUUGGAACAAAAGCACAAAUUAACAGCCUAGGUAGCAAAGCUUUUCAGGAGACAGUGCCGCAGAAAGAUGUGGAAAAAGCACUUCAAAAGAGAGGGGAGCACUUGAAUAGAUUCCCUAUUGCUGCAAGCUUUGCACAAUUGUCCCCUGAAGAGAAGAGUUGUGGUGAAGAGCAGCACAACAGGUCGGAUGCAUGCAAUGCCUCGCAGCGAGGAAACCACAUCGGGAACGUCGGCGAACCUGAAACGAAUGUCCAAGGCAAGUCGCGUAGCCGAUUGCACAAUGACAAAGUGAGCCCUGUUUCCCUGCCCUGUGUUAAAGCUCUUAAUGGAGGCUCCCUUGCAGACAAUGGAUCGUCCGUUCAUAAAAAUAGUGACAGUGCUUUUUGUACGGUGCCGUCAGCAACCGUGGCAUCCAGCGUUCAGUUCUUGACACGUGCAGACAGGCAGAUGGAUUGCACAGAAGCCAACGCAGAGCACUUGGUCGGUGAAAAAUCCCCUGACCGCCGCGGUGGUGGACAUUCACCAAGAGCGACCGACAAAAGCACAAGACGGCACAAUGUGAAGCCUGGCUUGCCAACUGAGUGUGCAGCGGGAGAGAUGGCCCCUUGCACUGGGAGAAGCAUUCGAACCGAUGGUCGUGAAAGUCCUGCGUGCCAGGAAAGCGGUUCACCCUCGGCUGGGGGUAGUAACAUCGGCGGUGGGGUGGUUGUGAAGGUGGGUAGGGAGGCAGGGCCGGUGCGAAGUUUCGGGCCGCGUGCAAGAAGCGCCGCAGUUCGCAUCCAGGCAGCGUGGCGCGGCUACCGUGCUCGCGAGCAUGACGAGCGCGUGCGGGCGGCCCGUGGGGAGAUGCGACUGAGGCGCCUGCAGGAGCAUGUGGUGUACCUGGCACAGGAGCUGGAAAGGCUGAGAAGCAUGCACGAGGCGGAGAGAAGGGAGCGGCUCGUGCAAGCUGAAGCUGUCAAGUAUCUGUGGAAUCAGGUGCGCACCCUACACGAGUGGAAAGAAGAGUUCACUCAGUCGCUCCGUAUGCAGUCGACGUUCGCCGGCCAAAAACCUGAACCUCAGGAAGCCCUGCCUUUAGCAAAUGAGCGGCCUGCACAAGGCACCACCGACAAGCAGAGCGCAGCGUCUGUUGAAAGUGACGCUUCUGACUCCGACAGCUCGGAUGACAGCGAUUCCAGUGACUGGUCGGAGGGAAGACCGGACGACACCCCAAGCCACGCUCCUCAGGGUGUGGCAGUCCAGAGCUCCCCCAGUGACGGGGAGCCCAGUCUCACACAAGAGUACCUUCAUUCGGUGCAGCUUAUGGUGGAGGAGGAGGAGAAGGAGGAAAUGGGGCCAGAGCCAGAAGGAUCGGUCAAUUGCACCCUCAACUAUGAGACAUCCGUCAACCUGUCUGAGCAGCUACCUCAGGAUGAUUUGAGCGAGCGAUCGCCAGUCGGCGGUCAAGCUCGCCCUGAAGCCCUCACUGCGGGCGUUCCAGCAGACACUGUGACCACUGUCCCUCCAGGUGAAGUUCUACUAUCUGCCGAGCUGUCUUCAGAGAGCAGAUCGGUGGAUACAGUGGCAGAAAACGGAUUGGUGGAUGUCUCCGAGGCGUCUUCAGGGUUCCGAGUGCCCAGCCUUGUGCCAGACGGUGCCACGUGCGGUUGUGAAUCAGACGUCCACGCUGUCUCUGAUGAAGCAGGCCUGGAUCUUCCCAAGGCCGUGUCGCCGCCACCACCACCUCUGUCGCCGCCUGAAGUUGGCGAGCUGCCUCCUGUUACCGCUGGCACGGUGGGUGCAGACGACAUCGCUCUUGCUGUGGAGAAUGCGCCAGGGGGGCAAACCCUGGCCGUUUCUGUUGAUGCAGAUGGACAGGAUAGCUUGCACCAACUCGCGCAAACAGAGACGUCGGUUUCCAAGCAAGCUGCGUCGCUCUCACGAGCCUCGAAUGGGCACAGCAGUUUGGUGAGCCUGGUAUAAAACCAGCGAAGGGUUUUACAAUUUCAAUGAGUGCCUGCUACAGCUGAAAUAUAUUUUCCCUCAGAAUAAUUGCCAUUUAACAAGUGCCUUGGUUUUGUGGUCAUUAUACUAUGCUGUUUUGGAGUGCCAUCGUGUGUGCAGGCUUAUUUAAGUGUGCUGCUUUAUUGAAACGCCUGGUUGUCCAUUGAGUGUUUUUUUUGGUUUGCGCAUUCUCUUGUAUUGCAAGUCUGUCACGUGGAUGUGAAUGCUGGUGUUGUUGACGGAUGUGGGUAUUUACGUGGCUGGGAUUGUGAAGAGUGGGAUAUUGAAGCUGGGUCAGUUUGUUAUGUCACACACAUUGGCAGACUUUCCCAUAUUCAAGUCCCUUUAAAUUGUACAUCUUGAUGUGUUUUUUAUUGAAGGCACUUCUUUUCCCAGGAGGUAGCUUUUUCAGAAGGAAAAAACAAGCAAUAUGUUGAAAAAGAAAUGUUUCAUUCACAUGUUCAUAUUCAAAUAUACACGUAACUUUAUGGCAUUAAGCUUGUGUGCUUGCUUGACUGAUCUGUUAGGAUAUUAAUAUGUUUGCCUCGUGCCAUUACAGUUGUAUAUUUCCAAUCUUGCAGUGAUUUAUGGUUGUAGUUUCAUAAGAAAUAUACGUGCAAAUCUCUAAAACUAAAGUCAAUGUAUUUUAACCUACAAUAAGGUAGUAAAGCGAAAACUGCAAAUUAAGUUACAGCCAUGUCUCGCCUAACGAGCUAAAUGUGCGAAAAUUGCUCGUUAAGAAAAACCUCGUGAAACAAUCGUCGUUUUCCAUUGACCCCCAUGUUUAAAGGCGAGUUAGGUUUCAGCCUCAAAAUGUUCCACUCCUGAAGAACUUUUUUGAACGUGAGAAAUACAAAUGAUCACUUUAAAAUAAAGUAGUAAGAGCAUCAAAUAUAACACCAACACGUGAAGAACCACAAUGCUUGCAAGGUGCCUAUCCUCAGCACCUGAAAUUAAUUAGCGCCGCCACUCACCCCUCCCGACCGAGUGACACGAGGCAAGGCCCCCUUCCACGGCGAAUUGCGCGCGAUGCACAGCUGGUAAACACAAUUGCAGGCUGCGAUGCGCCACCUUUUGCGCCACCUUUACCUCCGCUCGUUGCGCGAACAUUUGCUCGUUUUGCGAACAAAUUGGUCAAUUCAAAUUGGUCAGCGGAAUUCUCGUAGAAAGGAUGCUCGUUAACCCAGGCACACCUAUAUUGUCUGUCUUUUUUUACCUCUGUAAUUUUGUUGGGGACAUUAGGCAGGGCAAACAACAUUUACGUACGAUUUGAAUAUCACGAUUCUUAAAUGCAUUUCAUGCACAUUGAGUUAUAACAAUGGAUUGUAAUUAAAGGAUUGAACAAUAAUGACAUGGCUAAACGUUGCCUCGCGCUUCAGCCCCAGAAAUUGGAUGAACUCCAAUUGAUUUAGACAUGGCGGUAGUCAUUGAUAGAGGCCUUGGACAUUUGCGAGGGGAGCUGUCCAAGAGUUUGACAAAAAUUGGCUGUUUUGGCUGAUCCGUGGAUAGUUCUCGACUGCAGAUUCACCAACAGUAAAAUUAGUUAUCGCAAUGACUCCGACUUCUUUCCAUUACCUUAGAUGAAAUCUCCCUGGGGUAGACUGCUUCGUUUGAGCUGUAUUGAGGAUUCGCAUAACUUAUUUUUUUCCUGAAAUUAAAAUACUGUGAAUUUAUAUGGCAUUAAAUGCAGCUUUAUCUCAUCACAACAUUGAACGACACCACUGGCAUAUUACAAUUUAUAUUCUUUGGUUCUUUCGGUGAAGUCACGUAGAUUGAAAAUUAUAUUUUUUACUGUAAGAACCAAAAUAAGUCUACAUUAUAGACUGCCAAGUACGCUCACCGAGGUUAACAACCAGGCUACAGUCUACAUUAUAGACUGCCAGUACACUCACCCAGCUUAACCAUUGCUACAGUCUACAUUACAGACUGCCAGUACACUCACAAAACUUAAUAACCAUUGCUACAGUCUACAUUAUAGACUGCCAGUACACUCACCCAGCUUAACCAUUGCUACAGUCUACAUUACAGACUGCCAGUACACUGACCCAGUUUAAUAACCAGAUUACAGUCUACAUUAUAGACUGCCAGUACACUCAUCAAUCUUAAUAACCAGGCUACAGUCUACAUUUUGACUGCCAAUCCACUCCGAUUAAGAAUCGGGCUACAGUCUACAUUAGUGGAUUUUAGUUUUUUUAUUCACUUUUUAUUAUUUUUCUAACUACGUGACUUUACCGAAAGAACCAAAGAAUAUGAAUUCCUGCAGUCACGAAAGUUUUAAGUCAACAUUACAAUUUCUCCCAAUGUUUUUGUACAAUUGGAGAAUAUUUGGUCCACAGAUUUCAGUCGAAUUGCCCCGGUGCUGACAGGCUUUGAUGAAUUGUUUUUGGGGCAAUGGCUUUCACGUGGCUUAUUUCGUCAUUCGCAUUGUCAAUGCCACAUUUUUCAAGAAUCAAGCAAACAAGCACACAGACAUUGAACAUUGCCAGUACACCCUACGCAAGCUAUAAAAAAUUCGGUGUUUUGAUGUUGUGUAGGUCACAUUUAUGAACCUGCAAUAACUAGUUAUUCAGUGAACCUUUCAUAAUAUGCACUUCAUAAUUUGAGUUUGCAGUUGGAAAAUGUGUUGGCCUGCUGUAGGCAGAUUGACAUUAGCAAACAACUGAGAGCUCGUCAACAGUAUGUGGGCGAGUUACGGCACUCAGUCUACCUCUGGAUAAUCGGAGCCACAACGGCUGUAAAGUCGUGUUAAAUAUGAACUUGAUAAAAAAAAAACACUUGAUAGACGUUAGCAGUUGUUUAAUCGUUGUUAAACCAUUGUGGUUUUAAAAAAGCACUUAGGGCAGUGUGACCAGAUGCAUGCAGAUGGUGUGCAAUGGAGAAACAAGGUGCUCUGUGUGACACACCACGUUCCUUAAGUUUAUGCCUCGCGUUCACUGUGCAAGCAACAAUUAUUCCGGUCCGAGUUUUUUUGCAAAUGAGCUACUGGAGUUGUUUACCGCGAUAGUUGAUAACAGGAAGCACAUGUGGUUGAAAUGUGCAAACUAUGAGUGGUUGAGUCUUCUGUUGCGAACUGCUGUUCGUUCCUGCAUUUUACUCCAAGCUACGCAAGUCAAUGAUUUGAAUCAUACAUUCACUCGAAGCUGCAAGUCAUUGAUUUGAAUUGUACAUUCAAAACGAGAGCAUUUGUAGAUGUGUAGUGUAUACGCACUUGUGAGCAUGCAAUCUUUUUCGAGACCAUGACGCUUUUUCUUGUAGAACUUUUUUAAAGUGUCAAGGCACUGGGAGCUUAGUGGCUGUCAGCCUGACGUAGAAAACUAUCUGCUAGAAAAA